CCCGGGCGCUGGCGGAGGUGACGUCCCUGCGCGGAGUGUUUCGGAGCUCCAUGGAGGAAAAUCCUUCCCUUCCUUCAUGAUAAACUUCGUCACCGCUCCACCUGCAGCGCGCCUUCAGCUCCAGCUCGGAGAGACAGGGCGGCAUGGCGUCUAAGGGGAAGAAGGCGGUGAGUCAGGAGGAGCUGCGGCGCCUCAUGAAGGAGAAGCAGCGCGCGGCGGAGCGGCAGCGGCGCGUGCAGUCCCCCUUCGCCAAGUACACGAGCGCGGGGCGGCUGACGUGCGCGCUGUGCGGAGAGCAGAUGAAGAGCGAGGCGGUGUGGCAGGCGCACGUGCUGGGCAGGGGCCACAAGGAGAGGGUGGGGCGGCUGAAAGAGGGGCAAGAGCAGGGGCUAAAGAGGAAAAAGGAGGAGGAGGAGCAGCAGGGAGCGGGCAAGAGAGCGAAGGAGGAGAGGAAGAAGGAGCAGGAAGGAACAGGGAAGGAAGACAAGGGUCAGAAGGGGCUGCCCGCGGGUGACUUCCAGAGCAAAGGCGCAGCUGGGCUUGGGCUUCUCGCUGGACAGUAUGGUGAUGAUGAUGAUGAAGAUGAAGAGGAGGAUAAAGGUGAUGAUGCUAAUGCUGGUCCGAAGCCGCCAGGUGGCGCUGCUGGGCUCCCUGCAGAUUUCUUUGAGUCUGCUGUGCCCAGUGGGACCCCCUCCAAGACCACUGGGGAGGAAGAGGAGCAGGGUGAGGAGGAGGAAGGGAAGGGUACCGUGGCCAAGCCUGAGCUGCAGCUGCCCGAGGGCUUCUUCGAUGACCCUGUGAGGGAUGCACGCGUUCGCAACGUGGACACGCCUCGCGAACAGAUGGACCGCGAGUGGGAGGAGUUCCAGAAGGAGAUGCGCCAGGUCAACAGCGCCUCGGACGCCAUCGUCGCCGAGGAUGAUGAGGAAGGCCGCAUCGAGCGCCAGAUCGAUGAGAUUGACGAGCAGAUCGAGUGUUUCCGCAGAGUGGAACUCCUCAGGGCCAAACAGGAGGCUGCUCAGGUCAGGACGGCCAAGCAGAGGGCAGCGGCGGAGGAGGAGAACCGAGAGGCCUCUGAGAACGACGAGGAAGAUGAGGAGGAACUGCUGCAUGUGUUGUCGAGAGACUGGAGAGCUAAAGGAGCGCUGGCGUAGCCCCCACUGCUUCUCCUGAGCUCUGAAGAAGGACUGCUGAAGUGACACCAGGCUGAUGAGCAGUGGUUCUGCUCGAAGGACACCUCAGCGGUCAGGUUGAGUGUCACCAGACUGCGCUGACCCCCCAGGACCACUCUUCAACACCCCUGAACGAAACUGUGGACUUCUGCAAAAUACUGAAAGUUACUUUUCCUUUGUUUUGGUUGUAUAAAUUACAAGGUUAUUUGUUGUCCACAGAUGUUAGAAAUCCUUUCACCCCGGGUUAUUUUUCAUAUUGUGUUCCAUUAAAAUUCAUUAUGUAACGUUGCAAGAAGUUUUGAAAGCUAAUUGUGGGUUUCCAAUCCGAAAACAAGGGGAGUGCCACAUGGGGAGCCCAUCCACCCAAACCGAAACACUGUGUUUGUCUUUUUUCACACUAUUUCACCAAUAAAACACAGUUACAGUCCAGGGGGUGGGCGAGAGGGCAAAAAUAUAACAAUCAAGAUGCAUAACAUUUUCACAAUAGACAGGAUGCAUCUCAGUCUUUAGUUUUUCUGACGUUUGAUUAGUUGUGACAGGAAAAAACCGAACUGUUGCAUAUCUCAGAACUCUGAAAAAUAAAUAAAUGAAUAAAUAA